AUGGACAAAGAUCAAGAUGAUAUUCAAUUCAUAGGUCUCUUCGGCAUCUACAAAGAAUCCCUCACCAUUAUCAACUCAUGGCGAAAUUCCUUCGCCAAAAUCGCUCUCGCUACCAUCCUUCCUCUUUCGGUCGUCUUCUUAGCCCACAUCGAGAUCUCCGAGCUCCUCUUCUCCGAGAUUCUCCAUAACGAAGAUGCCUUGGAUGAAACCCGAGCCAACACCCCAAGGUACGCCAAACUAUCCCACAUGAUCUCUUCCGAAUGGACCGCCUUUUGGAUUUUCAAGUUUUUCUACUUCAUAUUCUUCCUCAUCCUUUCCCUCCUCUCGACCUCUGCCAUCGUUUACACCAUCGCAUGCAUUUACACCGCCAAAUCCAUGCCUUCUCUAUACGAGCUCGUCACUAUCGUCGUGCCUAGGGUUUGGAAGAGGCUCAUCGUCACGUUCUUAUGGAAUUUCGUCAUUAUCUUCAUGUAUAAUGUUAUAGCCGUCUUGACAUUUAUUCUUUGGGGGUUCCUCUUCUCGCCAAACGUGGUAGGGAUAGUAGUUUUAUGUAUUAUGGUCGUGUUAUACUUAACAGGUUUUGUCUACAUUAAUGUAAUAUGGCAUCUCGCGAGCGUCGUAUCGGUUUUGGAGGAUGUGUAUGGAAUUCAAGCCAUGAUUAAGAGCAAGGCGUUGAUAAAGGGUAAGAUGCGAGUGGCUGCGAUUAUGUUUCUCACGGUUAACCUUUUAUUCUUAGGGGUUCAAAUUGUAUACCAACGGUUCGUUGUGCUUGAGGCGUCGUUAUGGCUUAGAUUGUUCUAUGGAAUGAUUUGCUUGAAUUUUCUUGUUAUCUUGAUCUUAUUAGGGUUAGUGAUUCAGACAGUGAUUUACUUUAUUUGUAAGUCUUACCAUCACGAGAAUAUCGAUAAAUUAUUGUUGUCUGAUCACCUCGAGGCUUAUUUGGGACAUUAUGUUCCUCUAAAGUCGUCCAUGGAUGUCCAACUUGAGCAAUUUCAAUUGUAAUAUGUCAU